GCAACGCUGCUGCUGAUCGUCAGUGGUGUAUGGGCCGAGCCCAAGUGCGCAGUGCUUACAGAGGAUUAAUCGUAGUAUGCGCGCGUCCCGUUCAAAGCGUUUGUUAUGAAACAGCCACCCCCCGCCUUCGCGGCCGGUCUCGUCCUUCUCCUCUCUGCUAUCGUCGGUGGAUUGGAAGAGAGUCCUCGGGCGAAGAGGCCGCGGGCCCCCUCGGUGGAUGAGCUGAGUCGGGACCCGGACCAGCACCUGGAGAGCAGCUCGGACGCCCCCGAGGAACGGGACCGGCCCAAGGGCGGCCCCGGCUCCCCCACCGUCCCGCCGGCCUUCCUCAGCCCCUCCGUCCUCGAGUACCUCGAACUAGGAAAAUCCAUCCCAGGUCGGCCGGGGACGGACUACCCGAUUCUGUCGGUGGUGCCUUACACGGACUUCUACUGCGACGACCAGCUCUACCCGGGGUUCUUCGCCGACACGGAGACGCGGUGCCAAGCGUGGCACUACUGCGACAUUGACGGACGCCAGGCCUCCUUCCUCUGCCCCAACGGCACCCAGUUCAGCCAGGCCGUCUUCGUCUGCGACUGGUGGUUCAACGUUCGCUGCGAGCUCAGCAAGCAGCUUUACGCCAUCAACGACCGGCUCUACCGACAGCCCAAACUCAGCCCCACCCGCCCCCACCGCACCAUCACUAAACAGCUCCUUCAGGACAUCUUCACUUGAGCGACGCACCGGCUGCAUAACCAUCCAGGAGCUUCCAGCAAGCAUCUUCAUCUGAUCACUACGCCGGCUGUGAAACCAUUCGGAAGCUCUUAGUGGCAUCUUGGCCUAAACGCCACACCGGCUGCGCAACCACCCAAGAUGAGCUUUCGGUGGAGUCUCCAGCUGAACGCCAGGCUGGCUGCAUGACUAUCCGGAAGCUUUUACUGAUGACCGAUUGGCCAAGGCUGUGAAUAGCCAGGAGCUUUCAGUGGCUACUUCACCUGAAAGCCACACAACCUGUCCUACAUGCCAUCCGAAAGCUCUCAGAGACAUCUUCAUUCUAACGCUGCAUUCGCUGCUUGGUCAAGAUUUUGCACGAUUUACGUCAACUUUUGAAGUCGAGGGAAAAUCGUUCCCAAAUACUUUAAAUUCUCACCUUCUUGGGUGCUUCAUAAAAUUUAGGUAUUAAACUCUACUGCGCGUAAAUCAACAGGCUCGAAAUUGUGAAAAAAAGCCGUCAUUGAUAGAAUAAAUAAUCAAAUCAGUGGAUUAUCGCAACGUAAGUCGCAUAAAAACUUACUGAAAACGAUAAGAAAAAACCCUGUAAUUUGGUAUAUACCAGACAAAUUAUUCGAUUCUAAGCUUCCAUGACAAUUUAGCAGCUGUGAAAUGACAAAGAACACAACACGAGGUGCUUUAUUUUUGAAUCGAGUGACAUAAUCAAACAGGUUAAUAAUAUCUACAAAUCCUCUUUAAAAAAUUUCAUUCAUCGGUUGCUAUACCUUCUGAUUGCGGCGUUAACACAUCUGACUCUAUAAACUGUGAAAUGCUUAUCAACCAAACUUGAUCUCAGUAGCUUUAACUAUGUUAUUUAUCUGCGCCAUCAAAUGACAGCUUUGCUGUUUAACUGUAAGAUAGUGUUUACACCGACAUUUAAUUUGAAAUCAAUAGGGGAAUGUAACACCGAAAAGAGAACAGUAAAACUACUGUAGCUCUAUAAAAUGAUAUUCCAUUGACUUUCCAUUGUGAGACCAUUUUUAGAGAGCGAGCUAGGCAUGGAGUUAGACGACAAUGGAAUGGUUUUAAAUACCGUCGAAUGUAAUCACCAGUGCAAUCAAUGACAAUGGAACUCUAUUAAUUAUUACACUAUCAGGUUUAAAUUUUAUGAGAUUUGGUAAAAAAUAAUACUAGGAGGAAGCUUUUAAUGUGACUGACAAAGAAGAUUCGUAAUUUGCUCUCAAGAAUUGGAAAAAAUAAGGUGGAAUUAUUUAUUUACUUAUUUAUUCUUUUAUUAUUUCCACCACUCUAAAGUAAUGUCAUCCCUUCCCUACCUCUUCUCAAAUUUUUGUCAUAUUUUAUAAAUAUGAGCAAAUGUAAAGCAUCUAAAGUGUACAAGAACAUUGUAAACCUUCUUUGAAAACACAGAAAAAAAUACAAUACGAUAGUUCUGCAAUAAAUAUUUAAGAUGAUA